AUGGCUGCUAUACCUACGGAAAAGACCUACCUAGUUACGGGUGCUGCCUCGGGAAUGGGUCUUGCCACGGCCCGGACUCCUGAGUCCUUCUCACGAGCAUGCCAGUUUUGUCGCGCUAGGAAAACGAAAUGCGACACGCAAAGACCCCGUUGCGGCACUUGUACCACGCACAACCGCCAAUGCGUCUACGCACUUGAGCCUCCAAAGCGAAGGCCUUCGACUACCCUAGUGAAUGCACUCCAGGAGGAAAAGGCGGCUUUGGAACAGUGUAUUAUCGCACUAAAGGCUGCUUCCUCUGACGAACGAAUGCAGAUUCUGGAUUCUAUUGUCGUGGUUGAAGGGAAGGUGCAUUUGCCGGAGGCCCCGAGCCCUCCAGAAACCAGAGAGUGCAUGCAGCCGGCCCCUCGGCCCGAAUCACAUGGUACCAAUCAACUAGAUGGCGGCGGCGAACCCCACGGUACGGAUGAAGACUAUGAUCCUUCCAAUUUUCUCUCCCUCGAUGAGCGCGGGCGCAUUGGCGUUUACGGCCCGACGUCUGCCCUCCAUGGUUCCAGCCCAAUGAAAUCCACAACUUCGAGCGAGAAUGAGGUCUCUGAAGGCUUCAGAAAUCAACUCAUAGCCAAUGCUGCCCUCCAACGACAGAAGGAGCAUGUGUUGGGAAGUCUCCCAACUAUCGGCGGCGAGCCGACGGAGUUGGCCAUGCAUUUAUUGGAUCUCCACUGGAACAGACAGCAUCAUACCUUUCUACUCACGUAUAGGCCCGCAAUCAUGAGAGAUCUCGUCACUGGAGGACCUAGCUGUUCGGACUUUCUGCUCAAUGCCAUAUUUGCAUGCGUGAGCAAAUUUUCCGACAGGCUCGAAGUUCGGGACAGCCCUACCGAGCCCGAGACUGCAGGAAGGCGAUUCUUCAUACGAUGCGAAAAGAUGCUGGGGCAGGUGCUCAAUAUCUCCAGCAUUCCCACGAUCGUUGGCCUUCUUCUACUUGGCUCAACGUUCAAUGCUCGCGGGCUGACGUCGAAAGGCUGGCUCUACACUGGGUAUGCAUUGAGGAUGGUGUUCGACCUAGGUCUACACUUGGACUGCAAAGAGGUCGGUGGGAACGCCGAAGAUAUUGAGAUUCGAAGACGCGUCUUCUGGGGAGCUUUUAUCUGUGACAAGUUACAGAGUCUCUACCUCGGUCGCCCGGUCACGAUUCAACUUCGAGACGCUCAUGCUUCGUUAGAGUUCAUGGAUACUCUAGAAGAGCAUGAGAUGUGGACUCCAUACUUGGACCCCAAAGCUCCGGUUUCACGCCCGGCUCUGCCGCCUACGCCAAUCUACUCCGUAUCGACAUUCAAACAACUUUGCUUGUUAUCGAAAAUCAUCACGAGAAUUGUCAAUAGGUUCUACGUUAUUGGCGCCACUGCUAGGAAUACAGUAUCUCAUCUAGAGUCAGUCGACGAGGCCCUUAUGUGCUGGUACAAGGAUCUCUCGCCCCACCUUCUUUUCGAGCCUUGGACUGAAGCCAUGAACAAACCAGCAACUGUAGCUCCCAACAUCAUCUUGCUAUUGACAACUUUCAACGCACUUGUCAUUCUACUCCAUAGGCCCUUCGUUUUCGAUGGGCACCUCCACGCCACCAACGGGCUAGCAGUCUCCAGGAAGCGAUGUACCAUAGCGGCGCAUAACAUUACCAGCCUUGCAUCGGCAUAUAGGGAAAUGUAUUCGCUUCGCAGGGCUCCAUACCUACUGAGUUAUGCUGUUUACGUGGCGUGUACGAUCCACGCACGAAACACGGCAUCCGCACAGGGCACUCGUGAGGAGAACGCAUCAGCGCUCGUUGCGUCUCUCAAGUGCCUCGACGAAUUGACGGUGCCAAACUCAGGCGUCUCCAAUCCGGCUGGAAUUAUUAGACGCCUUAUGGCUGCCAACGGGAUUCCAAAUACAGCUGGUGAGGGACUUCAACGUCCAUUUCGCAUAUACAGUUUCAUGGACAUGUACAUGCCACCAUUCAACGAAAACAUGCUCGAUCCCAAUGUCGAGGCAAUAGAACGAGAGAAUAUAUUCUAG